AUGUUUGGGAAAAAAGUUUUGUUAAGUUUAUUAUCAAUUUCACCUAUCUUUGUGGAGGCCAUGUUGCCUAUCCAUGUCAAAAGUUUUAGAUUCAUCCAGCCUGCUUCUCCUGAUAAUAAUCCAGAAAAGAAUGAAGUUUUUUUUGUAAAGGGUAUAGAUUAUCAACCAGGUGGUUCCUCAGGUUAUGAUUCUUCUAGUGAUCAAGAUGUUUUAUCUGAUCCAGAUAUUUGUGCUAGAGAUGUAUUUGCAUUUCAACAACUAGGUAUUAAUACCAUUAGAAUUUACUCAGUCAACCCUGAUUUGAAUCAUGAUAAAUGUAUGACAAUCUUAAAUGACGCCGGCAUCUAUGUUAUCUUGGGUGUAAAUUCUGGUAACUAUGGUGAGAAUCUAAACCGUGCUGAUCCAAAGGGUUCUUAUAAUGCUGAAUAUUUGACAAGAGUAUUUAAGAUGAUUGAAGCCUUUAAGGAUUAUCCAAACUUAAUAGGGUUUUUCUCAGGUAAUGAGGUUAUUAAUAAUGAAAGUAACUAUGCUGAGACUGUACCACCAUAUAUUCGUGCUGUUCAAAGAGAUAUGAAACAAUAUAUUGCUAAACAUUCUAAUAGAUCUAUCCCAGUAGGUUACUCUGCUGCAGACAAUACUGAUUUAAGAUUGGCUACAUUCAAAUAUUUACAGUGCAAUUCCUUUGAUGGUAAGACAAUAAACAAAGCAUUAGAUGAAUCCAGAUCGGAUUUCUAUGGUUUAAAUUCAUACCAAUGGUGUUCUGGUACUUCUAAUUGGCAAUCAUCUGGCUUUAAUGUACUAAACUCUACUUUCAGUGAUGCAGUCAUCCCUGUAAUUUUCUCUGAAUAUGGUUGUAACAAGAAUAUUCCACGUACAUUUGAUGAAGUUACUGAUGCUAUUUAUACUAACAAAGGUUUAGAAAAGGUUUUUUCAGGUGGGUUAGUAUAUGAAUAUGCUGAGGAAGCUAACAAUUAUGGACUGGUUAAGAUUGAUGACGAUAAUGGGUCUAUAACAUAUAAGCAAGAUUUUGUUAAUUUAAAAGACCGUUUAGCAAAAGUCAAUACAUCCAUUAUCUAUGAAGAUACUCUUGCAAACAAUACAAUUUACAAAUGUGACUCCAGUGAAAUUUUAAAAAUCUAUCCUAACUUCGGUGUAUCAAAUUUCACUAUCCCAGUUCAAUCUAAAGAAAUUGCUGAUUUAAUUAACAAUGGUGUUAAAAAUGCUACUGUAGGAAAGAUCUUAUCCAGUUCAAACUAUACAGUUCCAACCACUUUGAAAUAUACCGUUAAAAAUCAAGAUGGGGACACGAUUAAUGCUGCUAUUGUCUACAAAUCUGCCAAUACCAUAAACGAAUUAAAUGCAGAUAUUACAACUACAUUGACUUUUAGUUCUUCACAAAGCAAAACAUCAACAUCUGUAUCUUCUACAUCUUCUAGCUCUAUAAAGACUUCCUCGACUAAGUCUUCCUCUUCUAAGAGCAAAGGUGAAGCUGUUUCUAUGAAUCUACCUACAUCAUUUAUUCAAUCAGGUAUUUUUACCAUGAUUCUUUCAUUAUUGUUGUGA